AAAAAACUUAAAAGAAGCAGCCAUUCUAGUCACUAGUUAUUGGACUUGAGCCUCCUUUGACCUCGGAAACUGAAGAUGAGGUUGCUAUGGGAACUCCUGGUGCUGCAAUCAUUCAUGUUGUGCCUUGCAGAUGACAAUACACUGCACGGACCAAUUUUUAUCCACGAACCAAGCCAUGUGAUGUUCCCACUGGAUUCAGAGGAGAAGAAAGUGAAAUUGAAUUGUGAAGUUAAGGGGAAUCCCAAACCACUUAUCAGGUGGAAGUUAAAUGGAACAGAUGUUGACAUUGGUAUGGAUUUCCGCUACAGUGUGGUUGAAGGCAGCUUGUUGAUCAAUAACCCCAAUAAAACCCAAGAUGCUGGAACAUACCAGUGCAUAGCAACAAACUCAUUUGGAACAAUUGUGAGCAAGGAAGCAAAACUCCAGUUUGCUUAUCUGGAAAACUUCAAAACACGAACAAGAAGUACUGUGUCUGUCCGCCAAGGUCAAGGAAUGGUGCUACUGUGUGGCCCCCCGCCUCAUUCUGGAGAACUGAGCUAUGCCUGGAUCUUCAAUGAAUACCCAUCACACCAGGAUAACAGACGCUUUGUUUCUCAAGAGACUGGAAACCUCUACAUUGCCAAAGUGGAAAAAUCAGAUGUUGGGAAUUAUACCUGUGUGGUGACCAACACAGUCACAAACCACAAAGUGCUGGGACCUCCUACACCUUUAAUACUGAGGAAUGAUGGGGUCAUGGGUGAAUAUGAGCCAAAAAUAGAAGUACAGUUUCCAGAGACAGUCCCAACUGCAAAAGGAGCAACUGUGAAGUUGGAAUGCUUUGCUUUGGGAAAUCCAGUUCCAACUAUUAUCUGGAGAAGAGCUGAUGGAAAGCCAAUAGCCAGGAAAGCCAGAAGACACAAAUCUAAUGGAAUUCUUGAAAUUCCAAAUUUCCAGCAGGAAGAUGCUGGUCUAUAUGAGUGUGUAGCUGAAAAUUCAAGAGGAAAAAAUGUGGCCAGAGGACAGUUGACUUUUUAUGCUCAGCCUAACUGGAUCCAAAAAAUAAAUGAUAUCCAUGUGGCCAUUGAAGAAAGUAUCUUUUGGGAGUGCAAAGCAAAUGGGAGACCCAAGCCUACAUACAGGUGGCUAAAAAAUGGUGAACCAUUGCUAACUCAGGACAGAAUUCAAAUCGAGCAUGGGACACUGAACAUAACCACCGUGAACCUUUCUGAUGCAGGCAUGUAUCAAUGUGUAGCUGAAAACAGACAUGGAAUUAUUUUUGCUAGUGCGGAGCUCAGUGUUAUUGCUUUGGGUCCAGACUUCUCCAGAACCCUCUUGAAAAGAAUGACACUUGUUAAAGUGGGAGGUGAAGUUGUCAUUGAGUGUAAACCAAAGGCUUCCCCUCGGCCUGUCAACACGUGGAAAAAAGGGAAGGAGAUCGUAAGAGAAAAUGAACGAAUUACUUUUUCUGAAGACGGAAGCCUUAGAAUCAUGAAUGUGACAAAGUCCGACGCUGGGAGUUAUACUUGUAUCGCAACUAAUCAUUUUGGAACAGCUAGCAGUACUGGAAACUUGGUGGUAAAAGAUCCAACCCGCCUUCUGGUGCCACCAUCCAGUAUGGAUGUUACUGUUGGAGAAAGCAUUGUCUUGCCUUGCCAAGUAUCACAUGACCACUCACUGGACAUUGUGUUUACUUGGUCAUUUAAUGGACGCCUGAUUGACUUUGACAAAGAUGGUGACCAUUUUGAAAGAGUUGGAGGGCAGGAUUCAGCUGGUGAUUUGAUGAUCCGAAGUAUCCAGCUGAAGCAUGCUGGGAAAUAUGUCUGCAUGGUACAAACAAGUGUGGACAAGAUAUCAGCAACUGCAGACCUGAUUGUAAGAGGUCCACCAGGCCCACCGGAGGCCGUGACUAUCGAUGAAAUCACAGAUACGACAGCCCAGCUGUCCUGGAGGCCAGGAGCAGAUAACCACAGCCCUGUCACGAUGUAUGUCAUUCAGGCCAGAACUCCAUUUUCCGUGGGCUGGCAAGCAGUCAAUACAGUCCCAGAACUCAUUGAUGGGAGAACAUUCACUGCUACUGUGGUGGGCCUGAACCCUUGGGUUGAAUAUGAAUUCCGGGUCGUUGCAGCCAACACCAUUGGAAUUGGGGAACCAAGCCGACCUUCAGAGAAACGAAGGACUGAGGAAGCCCUCCCCGAAGUCACCCCAGCUAACGUCAGUGGAGGUGGAGGCAGCAAAUCUGAGCUGGUCAUAACCUGGGAGACUGUCCCUGAAGAAUUACAAAAUGGAGGAGGUUUUGGGUACGUGGUAGCAUUUCGACCCUUUGGCAAAGUGAGCUGGAUGCAGACCGUGUUGGCUUCUGCAGAUGCCUCCAGAUACGUGUUCAGGAACGAGAGCCUGCCUCCAUUCUCCCCCUAUGAAGUGAAAGUGGGAGUCUACAACAACAAAGGAGAAGGCUCUUUCAGUCCAGUCACAGUGGUGUAUUCUGCGGAAGAAGAACCCACUAAACCACCACCCAGCAUCUUUGCCAGAAGCCUCUCUGCUACAGACAUUGAAGUUUUCUGGUCCUCUCCCCUAGAGUCAUUUAGUAAAGGACGGAUACAGGGUUAUGAGGUCAAAUACUGGAGUCAUGACGAUAAAGAAGAAAAUGCUAGAAAAAUAAGAACAAUUGGAAAUCAAACAUCUACAAAAAUAACCAAUUUGAAAGGCAGUGCUUUAUAUCACUUGGCUGUAAAGGCCUACAACACUGCUGGAACUGGACCCUACAGUGUGACUGUCAAUGUGACGACAAAAAAGCCACCACCAAGUCAACCUCCUGGAAACAUCAUAUGGAAUUCAUCGGACUCCAAAAUUAUACUGAAUUGGGAUCAAGUCAAAGCCUUGGACAAUGAAUCCGAAGUAAAAGGAUACAAAGUCUCAUACAGAUGGAACAGACAGAGCAGCGCCUCUGUAAUUGAAACAAACAAGACAUCGGUGGAGCUUUCUUUGCCUUUCGAUGAAGACUACAUAAUAGAAAUUAGGCCAUUUAGUGAUGGAGGAGAUGGCAGUAGCAGUGAACAAAUUCGAAUUCCAAAGAUAUCAAGCGCGUAUGCAAGAGGGUCAGGAGCCUCAACCUCGAAUGCUUGUACGUUGUCGGCCAUCAGCACAAUAAUGAUCUCCCUCACAGCGAGGUCCAGUUUAUGACAAAAAUUAUCUAAAGGACUUGCUGAUGAUAAUAUAAGCAACAUUUAACUAGUUGUUUUGAAGACACCCAGUACUAAGUAAUAUUGUUGUUCAAGUACAUCUUAUUACUGGAAAAAAUGUUUUAUGCUUCUUUAGAAAUGGCAUUAUACAGUACUUCCUCAAAGCAAAUAUAGCUUUGUCUGAAGUUUCUUUGGAAACUCUGCAAUGCACUGAAAACAUCUGUAAUACGAUGUUACCAAAGCAGUUUACAUAUGUCCUUAUAUGCAUAUUUUUUAUUAUAUAUUUAGU